AUGAAACAAAGCGUAUUCGUCCUAUUUCUUAGCUGCUUUUGUGUUAUUAUCAGUGCAGAUUCGUUCGUUUCAUCAAACGCUGAUGCCUAUGGACAUCUUCUAACAAUGAGCGAUCAUCUUAUUGUCCGAGCUGCAAAUGAUCAGUCUUCUUACGCUGUCAUGAAUUUGGAUACUCUAUGGUGGAAUACUUGCGUAUAUUCUGGAACUACCGACGAAUACAUCUACAGUGUCAGCAUGGGCAAAAGUCAGAACAGUAGUCAACUGACUUUCGUUGCUAUUGGAUUGAUUAUAAGUACCAAUACACAAUUCGUUCGCAUUAUCAAUGGUAUAGAUUCAUGUGCUGUUCUUGACGAACAGAUUUUGCCUACGGACACUGCUAGACUUGAACAUGUUGUUCUUGCAGUUGAUGAUUCCGGUCAAGUCGCUUUCGGUUUAUCGAUGGGAGUCUUCUUCGUAUAUGAUUUAUUAAACUAUAAUAUUCAACUGACAAAUUACUCUUCGAUUUGGAAUAUGACAGCAUGGUAUUUUGGUUCUCAACCGACUUGGUAUCCUGGAUUCAUUCCGUUCGCCAUGGCGGCAACAUCAAUCGAUUCUGUUUUAGUGGUUGGAUAUCAGUGUGACUUGGUGAAUUUCUUUUGUACUCCUUGUGCAUAUUACAUGACGCAGGCCAACGUACAAAAACCAUCCACGAUGCCAUACUUACUUCUCCUUCCGAAUGAACUCGUCUAUCAAGAUUAUCCCUAUUACAUAUCUUCAAACAUAAUGAACAUGGCCAUUUCCAUCCAAGAUGGUAGAUCAGUUGCUUUAAUUGGGUUAUCACAAUACGAUACGGUAGUGAUGAUCGAAUUUAUCCCGACCGAUAUCAUUCUAAUCAAGUCCUACAUUUCCGAUGUCCUUGGAGUUGGCUAUGGACAAUCUCUAGUUUGGUUAUCGAAUGAUACAUGCGCCAUUGUCUCACUUACAAGAGCGAUAUCACCUUGGUCUGUGUCACGAAUAGAGAUAGUUGAAUUUGAUUCCAACAAUGACAUGUCGGCACCAUUGUUUACUCUACCAAACAGUCAACAACCAGCUGAUAGCUCAACUUCGACUUCCAAUAUACUCCUUGUUGUGGUUACACACGCAAAUUUAGCUAUAUUAUUCGGGUAUAGUGAAGUGGUUCUUGUUAUUCCAUUCGCAUCUGCUUCUAUGAGCUCUCAAUACUUAUCAUUUAAUGCCAACUCGAUCGGACUUAUGCAAACGACUUCUUGCAUACCAGGCACGUACAAUGAUAUUACCACUGUAGGACCUUGCAAGUUAUGUCCUAUCGGUACAAGAAACGCGGGUUAUUCAACUAUCUCAUCAUGCACGGCUUGUAACUCUAGUUCAUUUUGUCCUUUGGGAUCUAUUGCAGACAUUCCUUUAGACACUGUCAAUAAUAUCAGUCAAGCGUUAGCAUAUCCAGAAUCUCCUGAUUCAAUCAUUUUCGAUGAUAUUCUAAUUCAAGCCAUGUUUAGUAUCGGAUCUACCCCUUCAUGUAUACUUGUUUCACCUCUUUUCUGGACGGUCAUUGUCAUUGCUAUGGCGUUACUUUUAUUAAGCAUCGUAGGAAUCUUGCAACUUGUUCGUUGGGGUGGAAAACAUCGAGCGGUUAUUGUGCGUAUCUUUCGACAAACUGAUUUAAUUGGCGAAGGCACACUAUGGAUGGGUGGAUUGAUGUCUUUUGGAAUCAUUGUCUUGGUUUGUUUUGCCUAUGUUUUUAGUAAUUCGUUUGUAUAUCUCUAUCCGAUCGAGAAGACGAACAGUGUACCAUUCGCCUGUGAUACAACUAUGCGUAAUGCAAAAUUCAGUACGAGUCUUCAACUUCUUGCUACACCUCGCAACCAGGAAGAAGCACCGAUUUUCAGCUUGCUCGAUUCGCAACAAUUCACUCUUGAAGUCAAUUUCGUGCAGACACUUUUUAAUUGUAGUAGUCUGACAAUUCAACAAAUUAUUGGUGUUAACCUAAUUCAACUUCCCUGGUUAAACUGUUCGUAUGGUGAUCAAAUUCCAGCCACUCAAACUGUUUCGCUCACUCUUCCUGCUCAUCAGAUGACUCUCAACUUUAUUUUAGGCGGACCCUACUAUAUCGGUGGAGCUUAUGUGUGUUUGAGAGGAUCUUCUGCCGCAAGCGAAGGGAGCAUUCACUUUAGGCAAGUACUCAGCUUCUGUCAAAUGUUCUAUACAGAUAAUCAAACACUUGCACAAGCAACACAAAUCAACAUUCAACUAACCAAAGUAAUUAAUCGAACGACUGGCCUUUCGCCGAGUGAUGCCACAAAGUAUACUGGUAUUUGGAUUCCCACGUUUACUAUCGAAGCAAUAAACGAUGAACUUGUUUAUUUUCAACAAGGUUCAUACCUACGUUAUCUAACAAAUAUGACAACAUUUCAAGUGACAUUCGUUGAAACACCGUUCUUCAUCAAGAACACUCAAGAUCCGAUCGCUCGUCAAGGAGAAAUUAUAUUUCACAACGUUCUCUUUACUAUUGUGGCAUUGGAAAUAUUUGGACUCGUUUUCCUCAUUGUCAAACUCACAAUGGCUCCUGUAUUUUGGUUCAUUGUAGCAAAAAUACAAAAAAAAAUGUCAAAUCGGGUUGGUGUUGUGGAAGAUAACAAUGAUGCUCCGAUAGAUGCAGGGCAGAAUUUGGAGGCCGCUCAAAAGAACACAACUGCUCAGCCAGGCGUUGAAUUGAAUCGUCUUUUUCUUCGAUGA